UCUCCGGAUCGAGGCCGGAAUGAAGAUUCACCUUCACUCAGCUCGCCAGGCGACAUUACAUCAUCACACUGAAGUGGCUCUGUCCGCGCGCUUUCCAUUCUGCUUCCGGUCAGAGCGCCGCUCAGCCAAUCAGCGCUCGGUGCUGACUCAGCGCGCGCUCAAACAGCAACAGACUCGGGCAAGUCAUGUGACUUUGAAUGUGACUGAGGAGCGCUGUGCACGCGCUGUGUUUUGAGCGUUGUGCGGCUGCGCAGAACUAAACUCACAACAAAUCCCGGAGAGAGCGGAGACUACACACACUUUCACACACACACACACACACUCUCACUCUAAACUCACAACAAAUCCCGGAGAGAGCGGAGACUACACACACUUUCACACACACACACACACUCUCACUCUAAACUCACAACAAAUCCCGGAGAGAGCGGAGACUACACACACUUUCACACACACACACUCUCACUCUAAACUCACAACAAAUCCCGGAGAGAGCGGAGACUACACACACUUUCACACACACACACACUCUCACUCUAAACUCACAACAAAUCCCGGAGAGAGCGGAGACUACACACACUUUCACACACACACACACACACUCUAAACUCACAACAAACCCCGGAGAGCGGAGUGUGCACUCAGUCUGUCUCUCUCUCUCUCCCUCUGACAUGGCGAGCGCGGCGGAGAGAGCGCACUACCGGUUCGUGGUGCUGUUCUUUAACUGCAUGCUGACAUUCGGCUCAUACUUCUGCUUCGACAUCCCCAGUGUCCUUCAGCAACAGUUCCAGGGGAACCUGACGUGUGUGAACUCCACGCUGAGGAAUGGGACGGCGUGUGUGGAGGGACUCGGUAUGACCCCACAGGAGUACAAUCUGCUGUACGCCGUCUACGCGUGGACAAAUGCUGUAGUGGUGAUCUUGGCAGGAUUCCUGAUUGACAAACUGGGCAACCGCUUCGGCGUGUUCCUUUUCUCCUUCCUGUGUGUGUUAGGUUCCUCGAUCUUUGCUUUAGGAUCUCAUUUUAAAGGAUCUCCGUACCUGCUGCCACUCAUGCUGACGGGCCGCCUGCUGUUCGGCUCCGGGAACGGCUCUCUGACCAUUGUACAGAACAGGAUUACAGCGUUCUGGUUCAGAGGGAAGGAGUUAGCUUUAGCAUUUGGUCUCACUCUGGCCUUCUCUCGGCUCGGCUCUGUCCUCAACUUCUUCCUCACUCAGCGCUUCGAGGCUCAGUAUGGCAUGGAGUGGACCCUGUGGGGCGGUACAAUGCUGUGUGUGCUGGGUUUCCUCUCUGCUAUAAUAGUCAGUGUUCUGGAUAAAGUGGGGAUGAAGCAGCUCGGACUGGAUGGAGCGAUACAGGAGGAGUCACGCAAAGUGAGGGUGCAGGAUGUGCGUUUGCUCUCUCUGCGUUACUGGUUGCUGGUUUUCACCAUCAUGUUCUUCUACAAUGGCAUUUUCCCCUUCAUCGCUGAUGCCAGUAAGUUCAUCCAGGAUAAGUAUGAGGGUUACAGUCAGAAGCAGGCAGCCUACAUCGCGGGUGCUGUGUACGACAGCUCACUGGUGUUAUCAGCCGCUGUGGGCAUUCUCAUUGACUACGUGGGCCUCCGUGGUGUGUUUGCUGUACUGUGCGCAGUGUGUACCCUUCCUGUGUUUGGGUUGUUAGCCUUCACCUUUGUCCCUCCACUCGUCUCCACCAUCUGGCUCGGGAUCACCUACUCCUUUGCUGCAGCGAGCAUGUGGCCCUCCAUCCCCUUGGUGGUUCCGCGCUCCACUCUUGGGACAGCGAUGGGUUUGGCGACGUCGGUGCAAAUGAUUGGCAUCGGACUGUGUAACCUCAUUGUGGGAGAGAUACUGGGGGAUAAGAACAGUGAUGCUAAGAUUCCUCUGUGGAGAUGGCAGCGAAUGAUGAUCUUCAUGUUUGCAAACACUAUCGGCUGCAUCAUCACGUCCACUGUACUGAACAUCAUCGACCGGAGAGAGGGGGGCACAUUGAAUAAGAUGACCAAGAGGACAGUGGUGCAGAACUCUGAGGUUCCGACAGACAGAGAACCUCUCAUCACCAAUGAAGAGGAGACAGGAGAGAGAGACGGCUCCAGCAUCAACACUUAAACCUCUCUCUCUUUGUCUGUCACAUUUUCUCUCUCUCUCUCUCUCUCUCUCUCUCUCUCGCUCUCCUUUAUUUCAGGUGCUGUAUGAAUGAGCUGUAUUGGGAAGGAUGUGAAGGGAAGUGUGUGCACAUCUUUAAAUUUAUCAGGUUUUAGGUUUAUCGCAUUGUAACAGUCCCUGAUGAGGGUGGAGUACAGAAGCGCGGCAGGCGGGAGUUGAUGUUCACACAUACUUUUUUUUUUUAAUUUUAUCUAUUUUUCUUGCUUUUCAGCUUUGCUCAUUCACACACAGUCUCUCUCUCUCUCUCUCUCUCUCUCUCUCAUGCACGCACGUGCACACAUGCACAUGUAUUUUGGUCGGGAGCGCGAACCCCUUCUAUUAUGCUCAGCCAUUUCUGCAAAAAAAAAACCACACACACGUUAAUUGACAACAGGUGCAUUGACUUUUGCCACUCCCCGACCCUGCCCUCCAUUCACAAACUGAUGCUUGGCCAUGUCCCCUCUGCCAUAUACCCCCACUGCCUGACUCCUCCCCCCCUCCCCCGAUGGGACAGGAAGUCCGCCACCACCAUCUGUGCCCCUGGCCUGUGGACCAGCUUGAAUUUAAUGGCUGGAGGGUGAGAUACCAACAGGUGAUCCGUGCGUUGGCAUCCUUCAUGCGAUGGCGCCACUGGAGGGGCACAUGGUCCGAACAGAGGGUGAAAGGGCGCUCCAGCAGGUAGUAAUGGAGGGCGAGGACCACCCACUUGAUGGCGAGACAUUCCUUCUCGAUGGUUCUGUACUUGCUUUCACACAUCGAGCUUGUGGCUGAUGGACAGCACGGGACACUCCUCGCCCUCCACCUUCUGGGACAAAACGGCCCCCAACCCCCUGUCUGAUGCGUCCGUCUGUAAAAUAAAGGGGAGGGAGAAGUCAGGGGAGUGUAAAAGUGGCCCCCCACACAGUGCAGCUUUUACCUUCGUGAAAGCCUGUUGGCACUGCUCCGUCCACUGGACCAGAUCUGGUGUUCCCUUUUUAGUGAGAUCAGUCAGCAGGCUGGUGACAUCGCACCCCCUUUUUAGUCUUGGGCCUUGGGCAGGCUGCAAUUGCUGCAGUCUUGUUAAUUUGGGGGGGACACCUGCCCAUGACCCAGGUGCAAAUCCAGAUACCGUACUUCCACGUACUUGCACACUACUUUGGGUUAGCUGUAAGACCUGGAUGCCUCAGUGACUCUAGGAUGGCCCUAAGGUGUUCCAGGUGCCUCAGCCAAUCAUUGCUAUAAAUGAUUGUCAUCCAGGUAAGCGGCCGCGUAGGCAGCAUGAGGGCGGAGGAUCUUGUCCAUGAGCUGCUGGAACGUAGUGGGAGCCCCAAAUAACCCAAAAGGAAGCAUGACAAAUUGGUGUAACCCAAACGGUGUGGAAAAGGCCUUUUUUUUUUUUUUCUCGGUGUCAAGGGGAUCUGCCAAUAUCCCUUCUUUAGAUCCAGUUUUGAAUGAAAGCGAUAAGCACCUAACUGAUUGAGCAACUCAAUGCGAGGCAUUGGGUAUGCAUCAAAUUUAGACAUUGCAUUGACUUUUCUGUAGUCCACACAGAACCGGACCAACCCGUUGGUCUUGGAAACCAGGACCACUGGGCUGCUCCAGUCACUGUGGGACUCCUCGAUUAUACCCAUUUGGAGCAUGGCCUUGAGUUCAUCCCGAACAACCUUUAAAUUUAUUUAUUUGUUCGGGCAAGCGGUAAGGGGGGGGCACAUCUCAAUGUGGUACUCUAUGAGGUGACUGCGGCCAGGAAGGGGUGAGAACACGUCAGAAAAUUCUUUCUGCAACUUGGCCACCUCCGUGAGUUGUGCCGGUGAGAGGUGGUCUCUACAAGGGACCGGAGUGGUUUGAGAUGUUGCGCUUUUUUUUUUUUUAAAUUUUUUUUUUUUACCUCUGGCCCCAGCUCCGCCUUCUCGGGAACUGCCAACGCCACGGGGACCCUCUCGUUCCAAUGUUUUAACAGGUUGAGGUGGUAGAUUUAUGAUGCCCCACCCCUAUCCGUUCGCCUCACCUCAUAGUCGACAUCUCUGACUUACUGUGUGACCUCAAAGGGCCCUUGCCACUUGGCGAUUAAUUUGGAGCUCGACGUGGACAAUAACACAAGCACUUCGUCUCCCGGUGUGAACUGUCUAAGGCACAUGCCCCUGUUAUACAGCUGGGCUUGACGUUCUUGUGCCUACCGCAAAUUCUCCUGGGUUAAGUGCGUGAGGGUGUGGAGCUUUGUGUGCAGGUCGAGAACUUAUUGAAUUUUGUUCUUACUCGGUGAAAGUCCCUCCUCCCAAUUUUCCCGCAAGACAUCCAAGAUGCCACACGGCUUCUGCCCAUAUAAUAAUUCAAAUGGAAAAUCCCGUGGAGGCUUGCGGGACCUCUCAUACUGCAAAUAACAGGGGCCUGAGCCAUCGGUCCCAAUUACGUGCGUUUUCACUUAUUAACUUCCGAAUUAAAUUUUUAAGUGUUUGAUUAAACCUCUCUACCAAACCAUCCGUUUGCAGGUGAUAAACGCUGGUGCGGAUAGAUUUAAUCCCCAACUUGUACAGCUCACACAGUGUGUGUGACGUAAACUAAGUGCCUUGAUCUGUCAGGAUUUCUUUCGGAAUCCCAACCCGGGAGGUAACAUGGAAGAGCGCUUCCACAAUACUGCGUGCUGAAAUAUUGCGAAGUGGCACCGCUUCUGGAUAUCUCGUUGCAUAGUCCACCAGAACUAAAAGCGAUAUCCUCGUGCUGACCGAUCUAAUGGCCCGAUGAGAUCCAUACCAAUUCUUUCAAAGGGGAUCUUUAUUAUGGCCCUUUUCCACUACCCUUUUUCAGCUCACUUCAGCUCGCUUCAGCUCACUUCAGCCCGACACGGCUCGCGUUUCGACUACCAAAAACCAGCACGACUCAGCUCGUUUCAGCCCUGCUUAGCCCCUAAAACUCGCACGGUUUUGGAGUGGGGCUGAAGCGAGCCAAACCGUGCCGAGUGAGGCUGGGGGCGUGAGCAGACACUCCCCUGUGCACUGAUUGGUGAGGAGGAGUGUCCUCACAUGCCCACACACGCCCCACGAGCGCGCUGGGAUCUGUAAACACCGCAAACCUGGAAGGAGAAUAAUUACGAAUUACGAGAAUUUCUGAAGCCUUAUGCGCCUCGCCUCAUCUAUACGCUCUUGCCAGUAUCUGUCCGCGUUGUCGGUGACAACAAGCCACAGCACCAAGACCAGCAACACUAACGACUCCAUGUCCUCCAUGUUUAUUGUUUACUAUCCGGGUCGUGAGACUACCGCUUAAAAGAUCACUGAUGUCACUGUUUGCGCUGCUUAACGACAUCACCUGACGUCCACCCACUUUCGCUAACUCCACCCAAUGUGUCCACCCACUUCCAGCCAGCACGGUUCAGCGCGAUUGUAGUCGAAAUGCAACUCCAACAGCCCCGCUCAGCUCGACUCAGCACGGCACGGCUCAGCCCGACUCAGCCGCGUUUGUAGUGGAAACGCGGCAUUAGAGGGAGAGGGCGCAAAGGCGCUUUAGGAGUGGCCGUGGGAUUUACUCAUUGGCAUUCGCGGCACACCACCGAUGAAUGUCCCUGCGAAUCCCUGGCCAAUAGAACCAGGCCGUUAUUUGGGCUAGUGUUUUAUCUUGCCCUAAGUGUCCGGCCAUAGGAUUAAAGUGAGCCGCAUGGAACACGAGUUCCCUACGGCUCUUAGGAAUUAACAACUGGGUUAUUUAUUCACCGGUUUGAGUGUCCUGCCUCACUUGACACAGUCUAUCUUGAAUAAUCGCAAAGUACGGGAAGACGGGUGCUAUAUUUGGCACCUGCCAUCAGAACCACCUCCAGAUGGUCCUCCGCCAACUUCAUGGCUUGUUCUAGCGAUGCUGGGUGAUGACACUGGACCCACUCCGCCUUUCCUUACGGAAGUCGAGAGAUGAACUGCUCCAGUGCCACCAGAUCGAUUAAUCCCACUGGCGUCGCGUUCUUCUGCCCUCAGACAUUGCCGGCAGGCGUCCCGGAGUUGCUGGCCGAAUCCGAACGGCCAACCGACUUCCUCCAGCAUCAGCGUCCAGAAAUGCUGGCAAUGUUGUUCCGGGGAGCAUCUGACAUGCUGCACAAUGGCUUUCUUUAGGUCUGCGUACAGGAGCUGACUGUCCGCAGGGAGCUGCUGCACUGCAAGCUGCGCCUCGCUAGUCAGGAGGUGGAGGAGACGUGUUGUGCGCUGCUCGAGUAGCCACCCCCACGUUUUGCCCGCUUGCUCAAAGAGAAUGAGGAAAGCUUCUGGAUCGUCAUGGGCGCCCAUCUUCGUGAGGGUGACCAGGAGGAGGGUCCGUUGUGGUGGCAGUCGUAGCCCCUACUGACACGAGCAGAUACCGGAACACCUGGUGAUCUUCCUGCUGGGCCAGCAUCAAGGCUUCAAAGCGUUGCUCUUGUUCCUUCUGGAGUGCGGUCAGCACUUGAUGCUGGUUCUGCUGGGCGGUAGCAAGGGCAUGGAUGAGCCCCUUUAAUGGGGAGGACUCCAUGGGGGGGUCCCCUUCUAUACUCCCGGGUUUCAGCACCACUUAUAACAGUCCCUGAUGUGGAUGGAGUGCAGAAGUACGGCAGGCACGAGUUCAUGUUCACACACACUUUAUUUUAUCUAUUUUCCUUGCUUUGCAGCUUUGCUCACUCACACACAGUCACACACGCAACACACACAUACACGUGUUCUUGUCGGGAGAGUGAACCCCUUCUCUGCUCUCCCCCCUCCUUUUAUGUUCGGUCAUCCCUGCAACAAACAUACAUGCGUUAAUUGACAACAGGUGCAUUGACUUUGCCACUCACCUUCCCUGCCCCUGCCCUCCAUUCACAAACUGAUGCUUGGCCACGCCCCCACUGCUACACGUGAUUAUAUUAAUGUUGUAUAAUGUGCACAACACUAACGACACAGAUUGAUUUCAGGUGUGUGUGUGUGUGUGUUUAAAGCUGACAGUGUCGUCAUGUUUUGUUUAAACCAGGAUCAUAUCCCAUCUGAAGUAUUUUCACCAGAAUGUGAGUUUUAUUAUAAAAUACAACUUUCUGAUAUAAAA